GCAGGAACGGCACCAGCAAAACUUUACCCACUUCCAACUGGCUGCAGACUGGAGUCGAUGGACAAGGCCGGCGACCGUGCAGCCUCCCGAUCAACUUUUAAAAACCGUGAACUUAAAUAAAUAAAUAAACAAACAACUAGACACGGUUAACGCAAAGCUGGACGGGGAGGCGUUUUUGGGGAUUUGGAAGCUGCCGACAGCGUGGUGCCAGUGGAAGCACCAUGUCUCAGACGCUGCAGAUGGAGAUUCCUAACUUCGGCAACAACAUCCUGGAGUGCCUGAACGAGCAGCGGCUGCAGGGGCUGUACUGCGACGUGUCCGUGGUGGUCAAGGGCCACGCCUUCAAGGCCCACCGCGCCGUGCUGGCGGCCAGCAGCUCCUACUUCAGAGACCUCUUCAACAGCGGCAGCAAGAGCAGCGUGGUGGAGCUGCCGUCGGCCGUGCAGCCCCAGAGCUUCCAGCAGAUCCUGUCCUUCUGCUACACGGGGCGGCUCAGCAUGAACGUGGGGGAGCAGUUCCUGCUCAUGUACACCGCGGGCUUCCUGCAGAUCCAGCAGAUCAUGGAGAAGGGCACCGAGUUCUUCCUCAAGGUCAGCUCUCCCAGCUGCGACUCCCAGGGGCUCCACGCCGAGGAGACCGGCCCUUCCUCGGAGCCCCAGAGCCCCGUCGCCCAGACCGGCCGCCCCCCGUCCUGCCACACCCCGCUCGCCCUGGCCUCCCGCGUCAAGACGGAGCAGCAGGACGGCUCCUCCGACUCAGUGGUGUGCGCCCCCGUCGCCAAGCGCCUCUGGGAGGGGGGCAGCCGGGACUCGGGGGCUUCCGGGGGGGGCACGAGGAAGGCGGCUCGCUUCUCUCAGGAAGCCGGCCGGGCGGGAGUCGGAUCGGGAGGGGGGCCAAACAACAGCAACAACGGCGGCAACAGCCAUGGCAGCGCGUCUGAGAGGACCAGCCCCGGCACAUCCAGUGCCUACACCAGCGACUCGCCAAACUCCUACCAUGACGAGGACGAGGAGGAGGAGCCUGGAGAGGAGAGCACCGAGGAGCAGUACAGGCAGAUCUGCAACAUGUACACCAUGUACAGCAUGCUGAAUGUGGGGCCCGCAGCGGGCGAGCGGGUGGACGCCCUGCCUGAUCACAUGACCUCGGACACUCGGAGCAGGAUGCGGGUUCGACAGGACCUGGCCUCGCUGCCCGCCGAGCUCAUCACGCAGAUCGGGAACCGCUGUCACCCCAAACUGUACGAGGAGGGGGACCCCGCGGAGAAGCUGGAGCUCGUCACCGGUACCAGCGUGUUCAUCACCCGCGCUCAGCUGAUGAACUGCCACGUGAGCGCAGGGACACGACACAAAGUGCUGCUGAGGAGACUGCUGGCCUCCUUCUUCGACAGGAACACUCUGGCAAACAGCUGUGGCACAGGAAUCCGCUCCUCCACCAACGACCCGAGCAGGAAGCCGCUGGACAGCCGCGUGCUGCACGCCGUCAAGUUCUACUGUCAGAACUUCGCUCCGAGCUUCAAGGAGAGCGAGAUGAACGCGAUCGCGGCCGACAUGUGCACCAACGCCCGUCGCGUCGUCCGCAAGAGCUGGAUCCCCAAACUCAAGCUGCUGAUGGCCGAGGGGGAGCAGUACCCCACCUUCCUGCCCGACACCGCCAAGAUGGAGGCCGAGGUGCUGGCGCAGGCUGAGCACGGGUUCGAAAGCAGCAGCAGCCACGACGCAGACGCAGCCUCGGCUGGGGAGGGGCUCCAGUGAGAGGGUGGAGGGAGGGAGGGAGCAGCGCUUACUUUAUUAAGUGAUGAUGAUAACACCCUGCCCCCCCCCCGCCCCCCAGCACACACACACACACACGUGCGUGCGGGCGUGAGUCACCUUCAUUUCAGCUUCCUCCUCAAACCAACAGUCUGGACCCCCCAGCACACACACACACUGCCCCCUAGUGCACUGGAGGCUCAGCCGAACCCAGCAGCAGGUGUGUGUGUGUGUGAGGGCUUGGUUAAAGAGAUGAAUCUGCCCUUUUCAAUGCAGCCUCCCCCCCCCCCCCAGUGUUCUUCCUGAACCGAAGGGGACCCCAGCCUGACCCCCACGCGCCCGGGGGACGCUGCACCGCGCUGUGAGAAACACUUUUUUGAUUUUUGAAUGUAGUGGUUGUUAGGACUGGGUUAUAGACCCAGCCUGAUAGUCGUGUUGAAAGGCCAACACUAUUUUAAUAGCAGAGCUGCCUGGCUCAACCCAUUCCUCUCCCUGUGGUCCUGGAAGCACACCUGGGGCAGUUACAGUAAGGCUUCAAUUACAGUAAGGCUUCAAUUACAAUUACGCUAUAGUAAUUCCAAUUGCACUAAAACGUCACAAGCAGCUGCCCACUGUGUGUGUUCUGUACAAGAUUAUCGAUGGAGCGACAGGUCAAUGCAGAACUGAACUGCGAUCGAUCAGUGAUCUGGUGCAAUUAGAAUCUCACAGGUGUGCCGAGCUCGAUUGCAGUGAAUUCUGAAUUGCACCCAGGUGUGCUGUCCGUCUGUCUGUGUGUCUGUGUGUCCCGCUGUCUGCCUGCCUGUCUGUCUGCAUUGGCAGGGCUGGAUUGAUCUCUGUGUUGAGGAGUUGGUUCCUCAGACUGAACUCAAGCUGACACAGUUUUUAAUAUUUUUAAUUUUAGAUUUUGUUGUUGUUUUUUUUUUUGGUUUUUAUGUUCGAUUUUUCUUUUAAACUGUCUGUGUGAAGAAAGGUGCGGAAGAAGAUUGAAAAACUAACAUUUUUUUAAAUACUAUUAUAGAGAGAUUGUUUAAAAAAUAAAAAAAAUAAUAAUAAUUUCAAGGUGGAGUUUGAUGUGAAGGCGAAUUCCCAUUAUAGUUCCCCUCCCACGCACACACACAGAGAUUUGGAAAGUCUUUUAAGAGUUUUAACAGGCAGGUCCCUCCCCUCUGGGAUGGGAAUGAGACUCCCGCUGCACAGCAGUGUGAUCCGUUCCUGGUUUCACUGCGAGCCCAGUCAGACACACCUGAGCUCGUUACCUGUACACGCUGUGGGGGAUCAAGCUGGCAGUAAAUCCAGGACUGGGGUGACGCUGCUGUGCAAUAGGAGUCUUAUUCCCGUCCCUGACGCGGGUCAAACAGCUUCUCUUCCAAUCCGACCCCAAAGAAACUCAAAUCCUAACCCCGGACCGUGCAGCCGGGCUCGGCAGAUAAAGAGGAGUCUCUCCGCAGCGAUGAGAUCACUGUGCUCAAAGUGCUGAGGCUGGGGGUGACUGGCGGGUUUAAGAAGCCAGCGAGCCGGCCAGCGCCUGAUUGAAACGGGGUUCCAUUUCCAGGAGGGGAGACGGCCUGUCUCUGGAUUGUCCGGGGGCCGUGCGUUCGAGGGGCGUCUUCAGAGAGCUUUUUAAAUUCCGGGCUUUCCAUGGGGAGUGUGUGUUUUUAUUCGCAUUCGUUUUAGAAUCCUGUAUUUUUUUUUAGAGAAAGGGAACAUGCUUGCUGUUUGCUUGAGAAUACUGAGGCGCUUGUCCUUCGGGACGCUCCAUAUAAUGAAUGGGCUGUAGUGAAUCCCCCACGUCGAAUCUCGCACCCCCCUCGAGGAGGGACGCGCUGCUCUCAAAGUCUUUCUGCGCGCUUUGCUGCUCUGUCGCAUUCGUUUAUUUGAUAAGGUUUAGGUUUCCUGAAUAGAGUUUUGAUUUGGGGUUCCCUGUGUGCGCUCCCCUCUCCCCUUUGUAUCUGUCUGGAGACGGGGCUCCCUGUGCGUGACGGGACAGGGGGGGAUCCCCUCUCCCCUGUGCGUGACGGGGCGGGGGGGGGCUCCCCUCUCCCCUGUGCGUGACGGGACGAGGGGGGCUCCCCUCUCCCCUGUGUGUGACGGGACGGGGGGGCUCCCUGUGCGUGACGGGACGGGGUCUCCCUAUGUGUGACAGGACGGGGGGGCUCCCCUCUCCCCUGUGUGUGACGGGACGGGGGGGUCUCCCUGUGUGUGACGGGACGGGAGUCUCCCUAUAUGUGACGGGACGGGGGGGCUCCCUGUGUGUGUGACGGAACGGGGUCUCCCUGUGCGUGACAGGACGGGGGGGCUCCCCUCUCUCCUGUGCGUGACAGGACGGGGGGGCUCCCCUCUCCCCUGUGUGGGACGGGGCGGGACGGGCUGCCUGUGUUCUGGCUGGCAGAGAUUAGCUAGCAUAGCUAAGCUGUGUCCUUGACUUAAUAAAUGUAGCGGUUUCUUUAAUACUGAGAGGCCUGCGUUUAGUAACAUAGGUAAAAAUGCAAUUUCUGUGACUGGUGAUCCCUCCCAAACGUAACGCUUCAGAAUGAGGGGGGGCGGUCGCGAUGGCUGUGCCAGAACUCCCUACUGGAACCCGGAGUCACUUUUAACAAGGAUUUCAAUCGGCAGCCUUUCAAUAAAACCAUUCGCUACCACGCCAGCCUCAAAACAAGCAGCGUGUCCUUCCCUCACCUUUACGAUUUGGGUGUUAUUUUUUUUUUUUUAAGAACGGCAGUAAGAAUGUCGCCGCCCUGGAGGAGAGGAAGAUUUUCUCCCAAUCGGUUUUUAAAAUCCUCAAGUUAAUCGCAAAUUGAUUUAUUGAAUCCCUCCAGUCCCUGUCCGAGACGGCGUGGUGAUUGUUGGUAUGUUGAGCACCUUUUCUGAAUGGCUUUCCUGUUCGGGCUCUGCGCUUCAGGAGUUGGAUUCAGUUGCAGUGGAAGCAGAGCUGUUUUUGUAGGAGGCGUUCCUGAUGUAAAUAGUGGCCAGACUGUUUCACAGAUCUCCGUGUUGGGAAGAUACCUGUGGUUUGGUUGUAGGAGUUUUUCUUUGUUUGUUUGGUUUUUUAAACAUGUAAAUUUUUAAGUCGCUCUGAAAGUGAGACCCCACAAACACGAGGGGUUCAGAGACACUGCGUACCCCAGAGAAAGAGAAAGAGAAAGUGCUGGAGCGAGAGGCAGGCUGUGUGUGUCUCGGGGGCUCCUCUGAAAGUGCUGGAGCGAGAGGCAGGCUGUGUGUGUCUCAGGGGGCUCCUCUGAAAGUGCUGGAGCGAGAGGCAGGCUGUGUGUGUCUCAGGGGCUCCUCUGAAAGUGCUGGAGCGAGAGGCAGGCUGUGUGUGUCUCAGGGGGCUCCUCUGAAAGUGCUGGAGCGAGAGGCAGGCUGUGUGUGUCUCGGGGGCUCCUCUGAAAGUGCUGGAGCGAGAGGCAGGCUGUGUGUGUCUUGAGGGCUCCUCUGAAAGUGCUGGAGCGAGAGGCAGGCUGUGUGUGUCUCAGGGGGUCUCCUCUGAAAGUGCUGGAGCGAGAGGCAGGCUGUGUGUCUCGGGGGCUCCUCUGAAAGUGCUGGAUUGAGAGGCAGGCUGUGUGUGUCUCGGGGGCUCCUCUGAAAGUGCUGGAGCGAGAGGCAGGCUGUGUGUGUCUCGGGGCUCCUCUGAAAGUGCUGGAGCGAGAGGCAGGCUGUGUGUGUCUCGAGGGCUCCUCUGAAAGUGCUGGAGCGAGAGGCAGGCUGUGUGUGUCUCAGGGGGCUCCUCUGAAAGUGCUGGAGCGAGAGGCAGGCUGUGUGUGUCUCGAGGGCUCCUCUGAAAGUGCUGGAGCGAGAGGCAGGCUGUGUCUCAGGGGCUCCUCUGAAAGUGCUGGAUUGAGAGGCAGGCUGUGUGUGUCUCGGGGGCUCCUCUGAAAGUGCUGGAUUGAGAGGCAGGCUGUGUGUGUCUCAGGGGGGCUCCUCUGAAAGUGCUGGAUUGAGAGGCAGGCUGUGUGUGUCUUGAGGGCUCCUCUGAAAGUGCUGGAGCGAGAGGCAGGCUGUGUGUGUCUCAGGGGGUCUCCUCUGAAAGUGCUGGAUUGAGAGGCAGGCUGUGUGUGUCUCGGGGGCUCCUCUGAAAGUGCUGGAGCGAGAGGCAGGCUGUGUGUCUCGGGGGCUCCUCUGAAAGUGCUGGAUUGAGAGGCAGGCUGUGUGUGUCUCGGGGGCUCCUCUGAAAGUGCUGGAGCGAGAGGCAGGCUGUGUGUGUCUCGGGGCUCCUCUGAAAGUGCUGGAGCGAGAGGCAGGCUGUGUGUGUCUCGAGGGCUCCUCUGAAAGUGCUGGAGCGAGAGGCAGGCUGUGUGUGUCUCAGGGGGCUCCUCUGAAAGUGCUGGAGCGAGAGGCAGGCUGUGUGUGUCUCGAGGG